AUGUCCUUCGAGGUGUCGAGCGUGAUCAGCCGCUCGAGUCCUUCGGUCCCCGCCAGCCGCACGCCCUCCCCGCCCCCGCUGGACACGCGCCGCUCGCCCGCCACCACCGUGGGCGUCCUAGCCGACACGCGCAGGGCAGCAGCGACGCCCGAAAUGUCCGCACCGAGCGCCAGUCCCCCCGCCAGGAGCUCCGACAGUGGCGCGAGCUCCCCCAAGACGUCGUCGCCGCCCUCCCACAAGUCCUUCAGCAUCUCCAGCAUCCUCAGCCGGGAUGACCCGAAGAAGGAGGUCUCGAGCGAGCCGCCCUUCGCCUUCAGCCACCAGCACGACGCCCUCGCAGCCAGCCUCGACUCGCGGCCGGCUCGCCUGACGCCCGAGGUGAACGCUCAGAUGGCCGCACAAGUGUUGGUCAUGCAAACCCUGCCUGAGCUCAUGCUGACGCUCACCGAUAUCGGUUUCGCGAAGCCUGUAAACUAUAACAUGACAUUAGGUCUCAUGACCCAAAUGACGGCCUUAGCAGCACGGCACCCUCUGCUCUCCCUGUACCCAGACCUCGCCAACGUGCCCCCUGCCUCACACAUGUCACCUCUGGCGGGUAUGGGCGUGCCGCUGCCCACAAAGACCCCCUGGUACCCACCGUGGGCAUUGCCGCCCCUGGCUGCCCUCGCCUCCGUCAGGGAAAAGGAUGCAGGGUCUCCGAUCGCAGGCCCCGGAAGCCCCCUGAGCGAGGCGCCCGUCGAGGUGGUGCGCUCGCGCUCGCCCUCGCCCAUGCCCCGCUCGCCCUCGCCGCCGCCCUCGCCGCCCACGCCGUCGCGGGAGGACGGGCGGGCGGGCGAGUCGGAGGGCUCGGGCGGAGUGGCCAGCAGCGGCGCCACGACGGCCAGCGGCGGCGCCGACGACGCCGACGAGGACCGCAAGCGGAGGAAGAAGAAGACGCGGACGGUGUUCUCGCGGUCGCAGGUGUUCCAGCUGGAGAGCACCUUCGACAUGAAGCGCUACCUGUCGUCGUCGGAGCGCGCGGGGCUGGCGGCGUCGCUGCACCUGACGGAGACGCAGGUCAAGAUCUGGUUCCAGAACCGCCGCAACAAGUGGAAGCGGCAGCUGGCGGCCGAGCUGGAGGCCGCCAACAUGGCGCAUGCGGCGCAGCGCCUUGUCCGCGUGCCCAUCCUCUACCACGACGGCUCCACCUCGGGUGUGGAGGCCGCCCACACGCCGCCCGCGCCGCCCCCGACCUCCAGCUUGCCCCCACAGCCCUCCCUGCCGCCCUACUCCCUCUACUACCCGCCCGUCUCCUCCAACUACACCACCACCGUGCAGGCGCCCACGCCCGUCAGACCCACGCUCUCGUCCCUCGUGUAGAGACGCCCUUCCUUCUCCCCUCUCGCCUUGCUCCUCCCGUCUCUCUUCACGCCUGUCACCGCCUCCUCCCGAUGUUGACCCUGCCACCCUCGUCGGGGCGUCUCGCCUCCGCCGCCGCGGGGCCGCCGG